CCGUGCACUUCGAGAAGGGCGAGUACCAGCGGUGCCGCGAGCUGUGCGAGGAGGCCAUCGAGGUGGGGCGCGAGAACCGCGAGGACUACAGGCAGAUCGCCAAGGUGUACGCGCGCGUGGGCAACUCCUACCUGAAGGAGGAGCGGUACCAGGAGGCCAUACAGUCGUACAACAAGUCGCUGACGGAGCACCGCACGCCGGAGGUGCUCAAGAAGUGUCAGCAGGCGGAGAAGAUCCUGAAGGAGCAGCAGCGCCUGGCCUACAUCGACCCCGAGCUGGCGCUGCAGGAGAAGACCAAGGGCAACGAGUGUUUCCAGAAGGGCGACUACCCCCGCGCCAUGAAGCACUACACCGAGGCCAUCAGGCGCAACCCCGAGGACGCCAAGCUGUACAGCAACCGCGCCGCCUGUUACACCAAGCUGCUGGAGUUCCAGCUGGCGCUGAAGGACUGUGAGGAGUGUAUCCGGCUCGAUCCCUCCUUCAUCAAGGGCUACACCCGCAAAGCGGCGGCGCUGGAGGCCAUGAAGGACUACACCAAAGCCAUGGACGUCUACCAGAAAGCCCUGGACCUCGACGGCGCCUGUAAGGAGGCGUCGGAGGGCUACCAGCGGUGCCUGCUGGCGCAGUACAACCGCAACGACACCCCCGAGGAGGUGAAGCGGCGCGCCAUGGCCGACCCCGAGGUGCAGCAGAUCAUGAGCGACCCGGCCAUGCGCCUCAUCCUGGAGCAGAUGCAGAAGGACCCGCAGGCGCUGAGCGAGUGAGCGGCCGCCUGA